AUGGCUCCAUCCGUUAUAGGCACAGGUCGGUACAAUCACUUCCAGGCAGCAGAUUCCGCAGCAGCAGCAGGAGGAGCGGGAGCAGAUACCACCAACGGCGGCGCAGGCGUUACAUUGGGCGUUACAUCUCACUCGGGCGUAACAUCUAUGUCGCUAGACUCGCCCCCACCGCACGCCCAAUGGCACGUCGCCAGCUGUCAGUCCCCCCCCACGUGUCCCCGCAUGGCCCCCUGCCUCGGUUCUCCAGGUCUGCAGCCGCCAGGGCUGGGGGAAGAUCGGGGGGAGGGAGAUGGUGGGGAUGGGGAGACAGGGGAAGCGGGGGAGGGGUGGCUGGAGGAGGGCAGCAGCAGCGGUGACAGGGGGAGUGAGGGGAAAGGCAGGGGAGGGGGCGUGUGGGUGUGCGAGAACCCACAAUAUGUGGAUCUGGUGGGGGUGGGGGGGGGAGCGGGGGGAAUCGGGGGAAGCAGCGGGGGAGGCGGGGGAGUGCAGUGGGCGGAGUGGGCGGGGAGGGUGCAUGAGCUGGCAGGCGUGUUUGUGAGUGGUGAGGGGCGGGUGUUCAACUCAACCCACGUUUUCCAUGCCAAUGGCUGCCACGGGCUCACCCAGUUCUUCUACCCUUUCGGCACCCGGGUAACCAUCCACGAUACCCUCGUCAAUCUCCUCGUCCCCAGAGGCCACGUGGCAGCUGCUGACGUGGCAGGCAGCAGAGACAGGAGCGGGGCAACGGUGUUACAACUGGCACCGCUGCUGCUGCAAGUGGCGCCGUUUCUGAGAGAGAAUCCGGAGUUGCCGCUGCUGCUGGGGCAGGCACGGCUCCCUCGCCUGCUCGCCUCUGCAUCUCUCAAUGCAACCAUCGUCGCGCCUCCUGCUGCUGACGAGCUCUUCUUUGUCAGGCGCCUCAUUCAGCCCACCCAGCAGCACUGCGGCCGUCUGAGCCCCUCAGUGUGGACCCACCUUCGAUCCUCCUUCCUCCUCCACCCUUCCUCUAACCACCUGCCCCUGCUUCAACCUGAUUGGUCGCUGCGGCCGGCAGUGGGCGGCACAUACCAGGACAAACGCAGCCACCCGGACAGUAGUGAAAAGGAGGAUGACAGUAGUGGUAUUGGAGAGGAGAGUGGGGGGAGGGAUAGGGUGGAAGGAGAGGGAGAGGAAGGGCAAGAGGGGAGUGUGAAGGGAGUGAGGGAGGAGGGGAAGGUGGUGGUGGUGGCGAUGCCUCGUGGCGUCCAGAUGGCGGAGUUUGAUUGGCUCGUGGGUCUGCUGAGGCAGCAGUUUGGGGAGAGCAACGUCACUGUGCCGCUUCUCUCCAACCCCUUGCCCGACCCGUUCCUUUCGUCUUCUUCCAUCAUCCAAUCCCUGAGUGCCACGUGUCACCUGCACGUCGUCUCUGUGCCGUCCGAGCGGCUGAAUUUCAAACCUCUGCCGAAGCUGUGGCUCGUCACCGAGCCUGAGGCUCGGGAGGAUGGGGAAAUGGAUCUAGGAGAUUCCCAAGGAGGAGGAUCGGCAGUAGGUGCGGAGGGGGGGAGUUUGGGGAAGGACGCUGUUGGAGAUGCAGAUGAGAGGAGGGAAAAUGGUGAUGAGAAUAGUGAUGAUGCUGAUUGGGGAGAGGAAGCCGAGGAAGAGAGGGAAGGAGAGACCAAGUCUAUGCAGGUAGAAGGGAAGCGUGAAGAAGCGGAGGAGGAGAGAGGAGAGAAAGAGGAGGAUGUGGGAGGGAUCCGGAUUACCUGGAGCAGAGAGGACCUGGGGGAGGCUGUAUCUGAGGCAUGCCUUCACCUGGGCUUGGAUUGUCUUCGGCUUGGAAGCAGAGGAGCAGCAGAAGAGCGAGUGAGUGAAGCAGAGAGGAAGAAAAGGGAGAGGCUGGAGAAGCGAUUGCGGAGGCGGGAGGCUGAGGCCUGGAAGCCCGCGGCUUCCGCCAUGCCCGCAGCUUCCCCCUACGCUAGAGACUUCCGCGCGACGGAAAAUAAAUUCGUUGCGGGCGUUCUCUCCGCUCCCCCCAUCACCAUGCUUCGCACAGCGCAUUCACCGCCGAGGGGACUCGUUACUGGUGAGGAGGGUGCGGGGAGUGAGGGGGAUGAGGGGGGCGAGGGGGGUGCGGGGGGUGAGGGGGGUGACGGGGGUGCGGGGAGUGGUGGGGGUGAGGGGGGGUGA